AUGUCUCUUAGAAAUACCACAGCUGAAGCCAUAACUGAAUUUAUUAUUGUUGGUUUUAAUGGGACUCAACAUCCAAAGACUAUUGGAUUCAUCAUUUUGACAAUUUACUCCCUAAUUUUGCUGGGGAACACCAUUAAUAUAUGCAUCAUUGCAUGGGACAGGUGUUUGCACACACCCAUGUACUUUUUUAUUUCUAACCUUGCUGCUGUGGAUAUCAUCCGCAGCACCAGUACCAGCCCAACAAUGAUCGUCAUUCUUCUAGCCGACAUGACAACCAUCUCUUACAAACCAUGUCUGACUCAAAUGUUCACAUACUUCUUGAGCAAUAUGAUGGAAGUGUUUACCAUUACACUAAUGGCCUAUGAUCGUUUGGUGGCAAUAUCCAACCCUUUACGAUAUCACAGUAUCCUCACAAAGACCCGUAUAAUCAUGUUGAUCGUGGUGUCUUGGGUACUGGCUUGUGCCAUUAUUGCCAGUUUUACAGGCACAGCAGACAGACUUCCUUACUGUCGCAGGACUGUUAACUCUCUUUUCUGUGACUAUCCAGCUUUGAUCAGAGCAGCCUGUGUCAAUCCUGAAGAUCACCUUCUGGUGCCAUCUGUUAUUUCUUCGUUUGUUACGUUUGGCAGUUUCACUUUUAUUCUGAUGUCCUACCUAAAGAUAAUCUUUGCCGUGGUUAAAAUUUCCUCCCCAGCAGACAGGAAAAAAAUGUACAGCACUUGUUUGAGUCACUUGAUAGUGGUUGCUUGCGUUUUUGUCCCUCCUUUUGUCGGAGUUAUUCUAGCCAGGAUAGGCCUGGUGCUGAGUCUUGUGGAACGACAUGUAUUAGCUAUCGUCUGCACUCUGGGUCCCUCUCUUCUCAAUCCUUUUGUUUACUGUUUCAGAACAAAGGAGAUAAGGAAUCAGGUCUUCAGGAUAUUUAAGAGUGUUGCACCCAGUAAAUAA